AUGGGCAGCAAUCAAGCAGCGGUUUCAUUCCUUAACAACAUAGCACGCGCCGCCUUUAGCCUCGGCAUGGGCGCCACCGUUCUGAAUUCAUCACUCUACACUGUAGACGGUGGCCAACGCGCCGUCCUGUUCGAUCGAUUUCGCGGUGUGAUCGAUGAAACUGUCGGCGAAGGUACUCAUUUCCUUAUUCCAUGGCUCCAGAAGCCGUAUAUCUUCGAUAUUCGUACUCGUCCCCACACCUUCUCCUCCGUUUCCGGCACUAAGGAUCUCCAGAUGGUUAAUCUCACCCUCCGAGUCCUCUCUCGGCCCGAGGUUAAUCGCCUCCCGGAAAUUUUCAAAACCCUAGGUCUCGAGUAUGAUGAGAAGGUUCUCCCCUCGAUCGGAAAUGAAGUGCUUAAAGCUGUUGUUGCGCAAUUUAAUGCGGAUCAGUUGCUCACGGAGCGCCCUCACGUGUCCGCACUCGUUCGUGAGAGCCUGAUUCGCAGGGCAAAGGAUUUCAACAUUGAGUUGGAUGAUGUGGCUAUUACUCACUUGUCCUACGGGGCGGAGUUUUCCAGGGCCGUGGAGCAGAAGCAGGUAGCUCAGCAGGAGGCGGAGAGGUCCAAAUUCGUGGUGGCCAAGGCAGAACAAGAGCGAAGGGCUGCAAUUAUUAGGGCUGAGGGAGAAAGUGAGUCUGCCAAGCUUAUUUCUGAUGCGACUGCGGCUGCUGGAAUGGGCCUGAUCGAGCUAAGGAGGAUUGAGGCGUCAAGGGAGAACACAGCCACUAUGUCCAAGAAUCCCAAUGUGAUGUACCUGCCCAAUGGAAACAACAUGCUUCUUGGCCUCAAUGCUGGCCGUUGA